CAACCCAAUCUGCCAACCAAUCCACCAACCAACCAACCCCGCCCCCUCCCCCCCCCGGACGAUGCUGAAUUAUGAACGUGCCACAUCAUGAGUCUCCUGGGGCGGGUAGCUGUGCGUCGAGCCAGGAAAGCCGCCCUGCUCUGUGUAGUGUUCCUGAUGGCGCGAGCGUGGAGCAGCGCCUCCCUGGCUAUGGCGGGGGCGGCAGCGCCAGGCCCUCAGGGCUGCCCACCGCAGUGCUCGUGUAGUAGCCAGCUGAGCAAGGUGGUGUGCACUCGGCGCGGCCUCACUCGCGUGCCCCUGGGCAUCCCCGCCAACACGCGCCACCUCAAUCUGAUGGAGAACGCCAUUGGGGAGGUGCAGGCCGACACCUUCCGACACCUGCACCACCUUGAGGUUCUCCAGCUGGGCCGCAACGCCAUCCGGCAGAUUGAGGUGGGCGCCUUCAAUGGCCUCACCAGCCUAAACACGCUGGAGCUAUUUGACAACCGGCUAACUGGGGUGCCCAGCGGUGCCUUUGAGUACCUGUCCAAGCUAAGGGAAUUAUGGCUGAGGAACAACCCCAUCGAGAGCAUCCCUUCGUACGCCUUCAACCGAGUGCCCUCGCUCAUGCGCCUGGACUUGGGUGAGCUGCGCAAGCUGGAUUUCAUCUCCGAUGGCGCCUUCGAGGGCCUGCACAACCUCAAGUACCUCAACCUGGGCAUGUGCAACAUCCGGGGGGAGAUGCCCAAUCUGAGCCCCCUGCUGGGCCUGGAGGAGCUGGAGAUCUCUGAGAACCUCUUCUCCGAGAUCAAGCCGGGCUCCUUCCGGGGCCUGCGCUCGCUCAAGAAGCUGUGGGUGAUGAACUCGCAGAUUGGGGUGAUUGAGCGCAACGCCUUUGACGACCUGAGCUCGCUGGUGGAGCUCAACCUAGCCCACAACAACCUGAGCGCCCUGCCGCACGACCUGUUCACCCCCCUCAGGUACCUGGUGGAGCUGCACCUCCACCACAACCCCUGGAACUGUGGCUGCGAAGCUCUGUGGCUGGCGCGCUGGCUGCGAGAGUACAUCCCUACCAACUCUACCUGCUGCGGCCGAUGCCACGCGCCGGCACACAUGCGGGGCCGCCAGCUGGUGGAGGUGGACCGGGGAGAGACUGGCGUGCUCCAGUGCUCUGCCCCCUUCAUAGGCGAUGCGCCAAGAGACUUGAACAUUUCGGCAGAGCGUGUGGCGGAGCUCCGUUGCCGGACUGCGCCAAUGUCCUCGGUCCGGUGGCUGCUGCCCAAUGGGACUGUGUUGACGCACGCCUCGGGCCACCAGCGGAUCGGCGUGCUCAACGACGGCACACUCAACUUCUCAAACGUCCUGGCGGCUGACACGGGCACCUACACCUGCAUGGUGUCCAACGCGGCCGGCAACUCAAACGCCUCGGCUUACCUCAACGUGAGCGCAGCCGAACUCAACACGUCCAACCUCAGCUACUUCACCACAGUGACUGUGGAAGUGCCGGGCCCCACCACGGAGAUGCCCAAACCCAAGACCACGACGAGCGCCCCCAACACUGGUAGGGGGGCAGGAGGUGAAGCAGGAGGAGGUGCGGGGGGCGCUGGCACCACCACCACCGCCUCGCCCUCCCUCUUUCAGCCCGUCUUCAUCUCCACUCCCACCGUUCUGCUCCAGAACACAGAGGGCCAGCCGGGCGCCCGACCAUCCGCCGUGCCUGCCUCCAAGUCCGCCACGGUCAAGCCGCCCGACAGCGUCCCCAGCCUGGACGAGAUGAUGAAAACCACCAAGAUCAUCAUCGGCUGCUUCGUAGCCGUCACGCUGCUGGCCGCCGUCAUGCUCAUCGCCUUCUACAAGCUGAGGAAGCGCCAUCAGCAGCGGAGCACGGUGGCAGCUGCCCGUACGGUGGAAAUCAUCCAGGUGGAUGAGGAGGACCUGCCGCCGUCAGCUUCUGCUGCCAACGAGAUCCGAGACCACACUCUGCCCGAGAUACGAGACCACAACAGCAUCCAAAAACUGGAUUAUAUUAGCCACAAAACAGACUAUGGCUUCCCCAAGCCCAAAGCCGAGUACAAGGGGGACUACACAAUCCACAAGCCCAAACCGGACUACACUAUACACAAGCCCAAGGCUGAGUACACCACCUAUAAACCAACCGUGGACUACACUACCCACAAAUCUACCGUGGACUAUAGCGCCCACAAAUCCACGCCAGAUUUUAGCCUUCAUAGACCAAAGGCUGACUAUAGCCCGUUCAGACCUGAAUAUAACACUCACAAGCAGCCUAAAGCGGACUAUAGCCCCUUCAAACCUGACUACAGUACUCACCCGAGAACACCUAAAGCAGACUACAGCCCUUACAAACCUGACUACAGUACUCACCCGAGAACACCUAAAGCGGACUAUAGCCCCUUCAAACCGGAUUAUGGCACUCAUCCAAAACCCAAACCGGACUAUAGCCCAUUCAAACCUGACUACAGCACUCACCCACGACCUAAACCAGACUACAGCCCUUACAAGCCUGACUACAGCACUCAGCCCAAAUCCAAACCGGAGUACAGUACCCACAAAUCCAAACCCGACAACAGUCAAUACAAGCCCAAAUCUGAAUACACCCCCAAGGCUGCGCCGGACUACAUCGUCUUCAGAUCAGACUACAACAGUCCCCACAAACAGGAUUACAGUCCCCACAAAGCAGACCACCCCAAGGUGGACUACCGCACCCUCAAGCCCAAAUACAACACAUACAAGCCAGCAGGACACGGGGCUAAAUGGGCAGAGAACAACAUUGGGAACUCUCUCCCUCGAACCUUGCCCAGCGCCAUCACAAACCUCCCUGAGCCCUUUGUCAUAAAAACUCACACCAAGGAGAAGGUUCAGGAGACUCAGAUUUAAAACCACCCACACAACCCCCCUCCCCAGCCCCGUCCCAAUCCUCAUAGCACCCCUCUCUUCUCAUAACUACAUGCAAUAGAAUGCACAACGGGGGAAAAAAGGACAGGAACUUUCUUUUUUUUGUACAGAGUGCAAAACUUAAAAAGACUGAAUUUCUUGUUGUACAUGCUUAUAAAUAAAUAUAUAUAUGAAAAAAUUGAAACUACCAUGGGCGGGUGAUAGAGAAGCAUAUUAUAUUAAAAAGAAAUACAUUGAAACUAUUUUCUAACUUGUAACUUCUAUUUAAAAAGACGAGUUGUUUAACAUGCUAUCUUGACUUCAAGAAAUGAGGGUAGACUUGUUUAAAAAAAAAAGAGGCAUUCUGUGUGAUUUUUUAAACAAAUGCUACAGAGAAUGCAGUGAAAAGAGAAAAAAACAUUUAUACUGAGUAGACAUUCAAAAAAAGGUCAGUGUUUGAUCUUUACAGGUUUAUCUUGUAAAAGCACCAAGAAUUUGUACUGUGCCAAAAUGUUAUAAAUGCAAUAAAAAUGAUUUUUGGAGGAAAAAAACUAACAGAGAG